CAAACCCCUCAACCUUAGGUACGUGCGCACCAACUUCCUCUAAUUUCCCAUCUAUUUUCUCUCUUAUUUCUCAUACAAUUACACUUUAUAAGCACCAAACCAUAUAUAUCACACAUUUAACCACGUACAUAGAAAAAUAUACAUACACAUACACAUAUACAUAUAUAGCUAGCUAGAUAUAUGGAUCGCAUAACAAAGUUGGCAUCACAAAAAGCUGUGGUGAUCUUCAGCAAGAGUUCAUGUGGGAUGAGCCAUGCAAUUAAGAGGCUGUUUUAUGAACAAGGUGUGGGGCCCGCAAUUUGUGAGCUAGAUGAAGACUCAAGAGGGAAGGAAAUGGAAUGGGCUCUUAUGAGACUUGGAUGCAACCCUUCUGUCCCUGCAGUGUUCGUUGGAGGCAAGUUUGUGGGUUCGGCCAACACAGUCAUGACCCUUCACCUCAAUGGCUCACUCAAGAAAAUGCUCAGAGAUGCUGGUGCUUUGUGGCUUUAGAAACUUAUUAACCUCACAAGUACUAUGACAUAACGUACCAUGUCACAUUCUAGGGCAAUGCAAACAGCUAGCCAAACACGGCCUUAACAGAAAGCUAGUUUAGCUGUAUUGUAAUAUCAUAACCUAGUUUUUUUUUUCAUCUUUUUAAAUUUGAGUAUUGGCGGCUUUUGGAAUCUACAUUGUACUAGAAUAAUAUCUAGAGAUGUGCUCCAAUAUAAUCUUGAGUUCUACAA